UAUACCAAUCUUGAGAGAGUUUGGGCAUCGGACCUAUCGAUUUGCAUAUCAUUGAAGCAAAAAGGUGUGAAAGCGAGAGAUAACUUCACAAAAUGAGGCGGUAUAAUCAACAAGUCUUUGCCAUCAUAUCAAUCUGGACAUUUUGUGGAAUACAGCUUGCAGAUGGCGGUGUGUGCUGGAGUUCUCCCCAGAACGGCAACCCGUGCUCCCAGCUCGUCAAGCUCAACAUCUCGCAGGAAGAAUGCUGUCACAAGCAAGGGCCGACGAUCUCAUGGUCGAGCCAGGAUCUCGACUUGGGUAAUCUCAUGAGGAAAUUGUUUACAUCCAGAAUAUCAUUGUCUGAGUGUAUCCCGUGCCGAGGUGAGUCCGUGAGUGACACAUGUGAAGAGAUGCAGUGUCGCGAUGACCAGAAAUGCAUAUUGGACUCGAACAACCGGACCCGCUGCAUCUGCCAGCCGCGGUGCGAUGACAUUCAGUACGACGGACCGGUAUGCGGAACGGAUAACUUCCAGUACCGAUCAAUAUGCGACCUCCGCACCGAACGGUGUCACCGGUCCAGCGAGGUCGAAGUGGCGUACUACGGACGAUGUCAGAGAUCCUGCGAUGGAGUAACGUGUCCGCGAGGACGCCGUUGCGUCGAAGACCAGACAGGGCGACCUCACUGCGUUCUCUGCUGGGCGGUGUGUAGCUAUCCCAUCGGUGAUCUCGAUUACGCGUGCGGUCGUGAUCAGAUCACCUACGAAUCGCGGUGCCAUCUCCGACUUAGUUCCUGCCUCAUGGGGAGAGCCGUGGGCAUCGCUCACAGAGGAAGAUGCGAAAAUUUCACGACAUGUUCUGCGUUGAGCUGUGUUCGCGGCAAGCAGUGUGUAAUGGAUUACAUGGAGGAGGAACCACGCUGUGUCUUGUGUAACAUCACCUGUCCCGAAAGGUGGCUCACUGGUCCCGUCUGCGGGAGUGACGGCGUUACGUAUCCCACACAGUGUCAUCUUCACAACCACAUGUGUGCGAACAAUACCUACGUUUUCGUGGACAGACGCAGCCCGUGCAACGUGGAAAACACAAACAGCAUCGAGGAAACUGGGUCUAUCGACCACACAACAUUCCUCGACAUCGUCGAGCCAAUCGCUGUCCCACUCGGUCAGGUCAACAAAACAGAACGAUCGGCGUUGCUUCAGAGAUCGAAUGCGAUAUCACGAAUCGACAAGGAUUUGGACGUUACGACGGAGAUCAUCGAAGUCGAAACGACGAUCGUAACUGAGAUUGAAGAUGUUCAGGAUCCGCUGGUUGUGACUGACGGUGAUGGCCGUGACGGUGAAGGCAGCUCGAAUAAGAGGCAGGCCGAUCCUGCUUCAGCUGGUAUGGGCGAGGCAUAGAGACUUGGAAUGACAUUUGGAAGAAAAGAACAAUAAAGAAUAGAAACUUGCUAAUUAAUGAGCAUGGGUAAAA